CAGCUGCCAGGCUUAGUUACGGACCAGAUAGGGAUCUGUGGGCAGCUCUGCAGCCUUGGGAACCCUAGGCCAUCCGGUGUGUCCCGGGCCUUACAGGGUCAGGCGGCUUUGGAUCUGACGUUUGCCUGUAUGACUGUGGUCAGAGUGCGAUCCCCUCUGGCUUUUGGACUGUUAAGUCACUAGAAACUGUUGGCAUAUUUGAAUUUAACACGCAACAGCUUAUGCAUUUUUAGUUUUCUCUGCAGCCCCUUCAGAAAAGAGGAUGCAAGAUUCUUAACUUGAGGCUCAUGAGAGCUUUGGAAACAAAUUGGGGAGCCUAGAAUUUCUUCGGGGUCCGCCUGGCAGAUUGGUCAAAAAAAAUAAUGGAUUUUACAGAGGCUUACUCAGAUACAUGCUCUGCGGUUGGACUUGCUGCCAGGGAAGGCAAUGUUAAACUCUUAAGGAAAUUGCUCAAAAAGGGCCGAAGCAUUGAUGUUGCUGAUAACAGGGGAUGGAUGCCAAUUCAUGAAGCAGCUUAUCACAACUCAGUAGAAUGUUUGCAGAUAUUAAUUCAUGCAGAUUCAUCUGAAAACUACGUUAAGACAAAGACUUUUGAAGGCUUCUGUGCGUUACAUUUUGCUGCAAGUCAAGGACAUUGGAAGAUUGCACAGAUUCUUUUAGAAGCUGGAGCAGAUCCUAAUGCAACUACUUUAGAAGAAACCACACCAUUGUUUUUAGCUGUUGAAAAUGGACAGAUAGAUGUGUUAAGGCUUUUGCUUCAACACGGAGCAAAUGUUAAUGGAUCCCAUUCUAUGUGUGGAUGGAACUCUUUGCACCAGGCUUCUUUCCAGGAAAACGUUGAGAUCAUAAAAUUACUUCUUCAAAAAGGAGCAGAUAAAGAAUGCCAGGAUGACUUUGGAAUCACAUCUUUAUUUUUGGCUGCUCAAUAUGGCAAGCUAGAAAGCUUGAGCAUACUUAUUUCAUCAGGUGCAAAUGUCAAUUGUCAGGCCUUGGACAGAGCUACUCCCUUGUUCAUUGCUGCUCAAGAAGGUCAUACAAAAUGUGUGGAGCUUUUGCUGUCCAGUGGGGCAGAUCCUAAUCUUUACUGUAAUGAGGACAGUUGGCAGUUACCUAUUCAUGCAGCUGCACAAAUGGGCCAUACAAAAAUCUUGGAUUUACUAAUACCUCUUACUAAUCGGGUCUGUGAAACUGGACCAGACAAAGUAAGCCCUGUUUACUCAGCGAUAUUUGGAGGACAUGAAAAGUGCCUAGAGUUACUUCUCCAGAAUGGUUACAGCCCAGAUGCCCAGAUGUGCCUGGUCUUUGGAUUCAGUUCUCCCAUGUGCAUGGCUUUCCAAAAGGACUGUGAGUUCCUUGGAGUUGUGAAUAUUCUUUUGAAGUACGGAGCCCAGCUAAAUGAACUUCAUUUGGCAUACUGUCUGAAGUAUGAGAAGUUUUCAGUAUUUCGCUACUUUUUGAAGAAAGGUUGCCCAUUGGCACCAUGGAACCAUAUAUCUGAAUUUAUAAAUCAUGCAGUUAAAGCACAAACAAAAUAUAAGGAAUGGUUACCUCAUCUUCUCCUUGCUGGAUUUGACCCGUUGACUCUUCUAUGCAGUUCCUGGAUUGACUCAGUCAAUGAAGACACCCUUAUCUUCACUUUGGAGUUUACUAAUUGGAAGAGACUUCCACCAACUGUCAAAAAGAUGCUGUCUGCUCGUGCCUUAAACUCUUUGGUUCUACAGCAAUGGCUUGCCUUUGUUCCAUCCUUAGCCCAUCUUUGUCGUUUGGAAAUUCGGUCCAGCCUAAAAGCAGAACACUUAAAAUCUGACAGUUUUAUCCGGAAAUUGCCGCUUCCUAGAAGCCUACAUAAUUAUUUGCUCUAUGAAGAGAUUCUGAGGAUGAACGAGGUUCCAGAACUGGCAGUUCAUGAUGGAGAAAUCAGUGAAGCUACUUAACACAGUUCACUUCUUACUCUGAAAACCAUCACAACAAAGAGCCAUGGUGUACAAUUAUUUGUAAUUUGUAGUUACAAAAAAAUUUUUUUUGUGCAACUGGUUAGAGUUUGGAGGCAGUACUAAUGUGAAUGUUUACAUCUGGUCGUCUCAGUAAAAAAAAUGGUGUAAAUUUCACUUAAACUAUUUUAUUACAGUUUCAUUACUAGUAUAUUUUAUGUUGUAACAUUUGUUUACCUCACCAUUGUCUGCUUUAUUCUGCUAAUGAACUGUGAUGGUUCUUCUAGUGCCACACAUGGCAUAUUCCCACCUAUAAUUUGUUUACCUGGUGCUAGCUGCUACAAAUGGAAUAUGUAAUACUUCUCUGAAAGAGUAUUGUGUUGUUGAAUUUAUUGUUGCUGUUAUUUUCGGGGGGGGGUUGAAUAUCUCUUAUGUUUGUAGCAGAGUCAUUUUCCUAUCCUUUCUUAUUUCAUUUUUAUCUUGGAAGCCAGUCACUUCUGUGCAGAAUUGACGGUUAUUACCUUUUCACCUAUAAAGUCUGGGGAAAUUUUUUAAAAAGAAAAUCAAUAGUAUUGCUGGUUCCACCUGCUGCCAUUUCUUUCUUUAUAUUCUUUGGCAAAAAUAUACCCUAUUUCUAAUCUUCAAAGGUUAAGAAUGUACCUAAACUCACAGGCACACUCAAUUUAAAUUAUAAAGUAAAUUUUAGGAUAAACAAGUAUUUUAUUGCUUUUAGAAUAUUAAAAAGACUGAGGAGCUAUUAUAUGGCAUCAUUUAAAAAAGAUGCAUAUUCCUGAGUUAGUAUCACAUAUAACAUUCAAGCUCCAUUCAGCCCCAGAAUCAAAGGGCAGCUUUGUUCCUGUGAAGCAGUAAUAGCCAGUUCUAUUAAUAUGAUAGUGGGUUUUUUCUUAUUAUUUAUAUAGAUUAUCAAACAGCCCAUGAAAUACACUUCAAAAUCCUGAAUUAAUGAGGUACUGCUUCAUAGGUUUCUACAGUUGCUUAGUGGGAAUCUAGAGUCAGGAAGGAUAAAUACAGGACCACUGAGUUGCUUAGAAGCUGUGGAGACAGCUUUGAGAGAGAGAGACACGACAGCAUUCCUGUCACAGUAGACGAUUUGAGAUAGGGCCAAAGGAGGCAAGUCUCUUCCAUCCUGUGGGAGCCUGUGGUUAAACACAUGGGAGUAGAGCUGCCUGUCCCUCUGAGAUAGCUCUUUGCUGUUUGAUAACAGCAGUGAUGAAAGUGGGGUGAGAGAGAAUAACAUUGCUAAGAUCCAGAGGAUGACUGGUUCUUCUGUGGGUCAGGUGUACAGUCUGAAAUAGGUUAGAUAUGGAAAUGCAAGUGGAGAUUCUGAUAACUAAAUUUAAUAAAGAAAUUUCAAAAUUA